AUGGUAACAGCACGGCGUCGGUGCCGCAGCGCUACCUCUGCUGACGGCUCCGUGGCGUCGUUCAGCUCCUUCCGGGUCGACAGCGCCCAGCGGGCGGACACGACGCAGGGUCCCGCCACGCUGGUCGAGGAGUGCCGCUGCCCACCCGGCUAUACAGGCAUGUCCUGCGAGGAGUGCGCCCCCGGCUACGAGCGACGGCCUGGAGACUUCUUGGGCACCUGUGUCGAGGAAGCUGAGGAGUGCAGGCCCGGCGAAUAUGGAGAUCCACGCCGAGGCAUUGCCUGCCGGCCGUGUCCGUGUCCGGGACCACGAUUCCAGUUCGGUAGCACGUGCUUCCUGGACACGGACGACCAGGUGACCUGCAACUGCGAGCCGGGCUACGCGGGCCGCCGCUGCGAGCGGUGCGCCCCCGGCUACAGGGGCCAGCCCGGUCGCGGCCAGCCCUGCGUCAGAGGAGGAGAAUGCGACCCGGCUGGAUCACUGCGAGACGACCCUGACCCCCGGACGGGACUCUGCGACUGUAAGGAAUUCGUCACGGGUAGUCGCUGCGACCGCUGCGUGCCCCGAGCGUUUCACCUCAGCGCCAGCAACCAGCACGGCUGUGUCAACUGCUUCUGCAUGGGCGUCACCGACCAGUGCAGCUCGUCCGACUGGUAUCGCCAACAGGAAUCGCUUGUGUUUUCUACCGACGGGCUGGACGUCCGAGACACCAUCACGGACUACGAGAUGGAUCAAGUCCUGACGCAGGGCACCAUCGACUCAGCCAAUCAGCAGCUGGUCUUCACGUAUUACGAAGGCCUAGGCGAUGACAACCCGUUAUACUGGAACCUACCUGCCCAGUUCCUCGGAGAUCAGGUGACGGCGUACGGCGGCUCUCUCCGCUUCUCCCAGAGCUACGCGGCGAACGUCGCGGCCGAAUCAGAGGGCUCCACCUCGGAUGCCACUGAAACCAUUGAGUUCAAUGCUGGCGACAACGAGGUCAGCUUCCAAGAGGGCCCAACAGGAAGCGGCGUCAAGUACUGGAUGCUGCCGGACCUCUUCACGGGCGAACAGAUGAGCUCGUACGGAGGCCUUCUGACCAUGCGUCAGCGUAUUAGUCCUGACGCCGAGUGCAGACCCAGAUCCCCGACUCAGAGCCAGACGUCAUCAUCUUUGGAGAUGGGGUCGAAGUUCAUUGGCGGAACACCUCACGACCCCCGGCGGACGACAGCUGGCAGUCGUACGCGGUGCGGCUGUCGUCGGGGCACUCAUGGACCGACAGCUCGGGCGCGCCGGCGUCGCGUGACUUCCUGAUGACAGUGCUCAGCAACGUGGAGGGCAUCGCCAUCCGAGCCGGGCCUCAGUCCGCCGGCGGCGUGCUCAACUCCCGCCUGAGGAACGUGGUGCUGGGAACAGCCUCGGCCGUCCCGCUCGUUCCGAGCCUGAUUAAGGUGGACAUAGUGGAGAAUUGCAGAUGCCCAGCUGAAUACAAAGGAAUCUCAUGUCAGUCCUGUUCCGAUGGCUAUUACUUGGACAAGGACCGCAACGCCUGCGUGGACUGCCCGUGCAACGGCAAUGCUAGGUCCUGCUCGGUUGACGAGGAUGGCGCUGUGCAGUGCCAGUGCAACACCAACUACUCUGGCGCCAACUGCGAGAUAGGCGGUGAGUCGGCGACAGGCCGCGCGCUGCGCGAAACUCAAAUGAAUGACGGCCACCGAAGGUGUCACGACCAGGUGUGGAAUCGGAGAGCUACUGACCCGACAGGCAGCUGAUGCCCUUCCCAGCACCCCUUGUGAGCUCCGGUUGGUCUGGACGUUAUAUGAGCAACUCCUUUUUUGGCUGUGGGUCGGAUGAUUGAAAGAUUCCGCUCGCUGUCGGGUGUUCAAGCUCCACGCAGAUAGGCUUCCUUCCAUCGGUCCCAUUGUCUUGCUGCCAUUGAGAUCACAAGCCAAGCCUGUAGCGUCAACUGAUCGGUAGUGUUAUUGUUUCAACGUCCCGACCCGGCAAGUCAGCCAAUUUAAUGACUAGCCAUUGAUCCACCAUGGGGUUUUCAGCAAGAGAAGGGAAGUUCCUCAAAAGCUACGCUUUAAUUUUACAUAAUGUUUCACAAAUAAACUCGUUGAUCAGGCAUGGUGCUCCUAACAAACGUCAAACUUGAAGGCUAUGAAAACUCUGCAGAACGCCAGUUGAAAUGCGACCCUGAUAAGAGGCCUUCUCGAGCAAAGUUUUCUUAACUUAUUCUAUCCACUAUUCAUGGGGCUGUGCCUAAUCUGCUACCCAUCCACUGCCUAUUAUUCUCACGGGGAGCCAUCAAAAAGUCCGGGGUCGCAGCGUUCAGUGUUCAUAUCGGCCGGGAUCGCAGCAUCCGGUAUUCAUAACGUCCAGAAAACGUCCAAUUCCGUGCCUAUUGGGGGCGUUCAUAAGGUCCAGGGACACAACGUCCAGAGUUGCAAAAUCCAGAGUCGUAAAGUUCGGUGUUGAAAACGUCCAGUGUCCAUGCCAAUCAGGCUAGUUUGGAUCCCUGUUGCUAGAUAACACUACAGAAACAUAUUUGAGUCCUGCCGCUAUUUCCCUCUUUUGUCAACAGAUGGCACAGUCGACGUGGCAUUCCACUGAUAAUCACGUGAUGCUUACAGUCAAGUAUGGUUACU